AGUGCGUCGAAGGAUGCCGGAGAGCUGAAAAAUGGUGAAAGCUAAAAGAGGUUUGAUCUUCCUGACAUGCCUGACGUCCGCAUUGAGCGCGAUCGUAUGUCUUCUAUCCUUCGGGACGCAGAACUGGAUCGAGGCCAAAGGCACCUACGGAUCUUUAGAUGGAUACAACAUAAUCACGUACGGACUGUUCACGGGAUCAUUUAAGAGAAAUGUAGGAUCGGUUUCGAUACACGAAAUAGUCAUGACCUGUCUAAUAUCGGACAACGUAUGCGCGAUGCUUUGUAAAUCGACUUCUGAAGAUCGAAAGUGGGAGCUCCAGAAGCUGUACAACAACGACAAGGUUACAUUUGAUACUGAUUGUCCUCAGGUUUUCCGCAGCAAUUACAGACCCAUACCCGCGACGAGGAUCUUACGAGAGGAUGUCGGCGGUGAACGGACUUUCAUUAGCGCCGCAUCGUUCAUCUUCACCGCCUUCUUCUUGAUCGUUUCCGCGGUGUUCGGAUUGGCGGCAGCCGUUUUAGCCGUUUGGAAUACAGCCGGAAAUCCUAUAUACACGGUCUUCAGCAUAUACGGAAUGCAGAUUUACAAUAUAGUGGGCGCAGUUACCGUCCUUCUGACCAUCAUUGUCUGGGGUGCCGAAUACAAUAUAACCAUCAUUAGUAACGCUUGCAUCCUGGAAACGAUAAUCGGAGACAUGAGCACCAUAGAAUCCAAUCUCGGAUAUUCCUACUGGAUUCUCUUCGUACCUCUGGUACUCUAUCCCACAAGCGCCGGAAUCCUCUACCUCAGGCAGUAUCUAAUCAAUAAAGAGCCCGAAAAGCAAGUGGACAUCCAAGAGGAUGGCGAUAUUAUAAUGUAUUAACAUAUUAGUUGAACUUUUUUUUUUGUAAUAAAACUUAUCAGGAGAGA